AUGGGGGGUAUCAGCACCAUGGACAGCUGCCAGCGAAAAUGGCAGAGUCGCGAUGGUCAGCGAAAUCAGCUUUUAUCACAUAUUUUUAGUUUACUUUGGAUCACGGGAGCCUUAACGACGCAUGUGCCAUUGUUGAUAUGGUCAUCUGACAGUUUGCCCCCUGUCCCAUCUUCUGCUGCUGGACAUAUCACCUCCCUCACUGAGCUCAAAGCCUACCUCAGCUCUGCGUUAGGCUCUGGACCACACACAGUCCUGCUGUUUCUACAGGAAAAGUUGAGCCAAGAUGACUUCACAGUUUACGGAGGUGUCUAUGGAAACAAAGAAGACAGUGCCUUUAAAAAUCUGGAGGCAGCGCUUCAGUCCCAGUCUGCAGUGUUCUCGGCCUUAGAGUGGUCAGACUCCUCCUCUGUGCCUGCCAUUCUGGAGCAAGAACUCGGAGUGUCACCGCUGCUCCUCAGCCCAGACGCUUUGGAUGAGCUCAAAAUGGACGCCUCCGUCAACAGCCUCCUGCUCAUCAGCCUGCCCUAUUGCAGUGACGACACUCACUGCAGGGAGCAGCUCAGUAGCAAUGAUGAUGUUAUUGGACAUGUUAUGAAAACUCUGGAGGCCAAGAAUAUUCCUUACACAGCCAUGUUCACCGGACUACAGCCAUCACGGAUGAAUGCAGAGCCAUCCCUCUCUGCUCAGGUGGGCCGCUCCCUCCUCCAGGCCCCCGCUCCAGCUGAAGUUCGUCCCCCGAUCAUGUUCAACAUGACUGGGGGCCCCUGCAUCAUGCUCUGGGCUCAGAACCUCAAUGUCAGCUUCUCUGCCACUGCUGCCUGGAUCGACCUGAGCGCCCAAACACCCUCUACGUCCGGGUCUAUAUGCAACGAGACCAACUCUGUACUGGUCCUGACCUAUACUGAAGGCAUUACUCUAACCUUCUUCCUGAGCAAGCGUUUUUACAAGGUGUCAGCUCGUCAGUGGUUUUCUCUGGACUCGGUGCAGCUCCGUCAGAACGCAGUCACCGCAUCUUUCUCCAGUCGCAGUAUUUACGCUCCAGCCGAAUACUCGUACCACUGUCAGUCUGUGACCAGCUUCAGAGACGCUCUGCUCAUCCCCGCCAACAACAACGCCAGCAGCUGGAGGCUCAACUUCAUUGACUUUCAGAUCCAAGGCUUCGGUCUGAGUAACAGCACAAACUUCUCGUAUGCGAGUGACUGCGCUGGCUUCUUCACAGCUGGGAUCUGGAUGGGUUUGCUCACGUCUCUGCUCAUGCUCUUCAUAUUCGUGUACGGUUUACACAUGAUCCUGCAGCUCAACACCAUGGACCGCUUCGACGACCCCAAAGGCCCCUGCAUCUCUGUGCCUCAGACUGAGUGACCCACACAAUACUGACACAAGUGUUUAUAUGUUAAUAUGGGGUUUCAAAUAUACAGUGCCCUCUGCUGAUGUUGCUAAGAUAGGUUAUGGCUGUGGGGGUGUGGCUAACUUUGUUUUGACUAAACAAGGACUGAAACUGGACUAAACCAGGACUGAACCAGAGACUAAGCAAUGGAUUAGACCAAGGACUAUAACCAAGACUAAAACAGUAGUAAAACCAGUUUAUAAUAGGGCUGGACUAGACCAGGACUAAAACCAGUGGAGUAGGACUAGUGUUUAGACCAGGGGCUGAACCAGUAACUCACCAAGACUGAUCAAAAAUGGUUAAAAAAGUUAAAAUCAUAAUUAUCUCCUUAAUACUGUAAAUGUUGCAAUCUUUCUUAUUUCUCUGAUAGCACAAGUACUAUUCUGAACUCAAACAGUGCCAAAACUUGUAUGUGAUUGUGUUUUUACAGAUUUUGUUUUAGUUAUUUUAGCAGCACUUCCUUCUGCGCUGACCUAUAUCAGCAGAGGGCGCUGGCAGUCCCAUUCUCCCGUGUAAUAUUAUUUGUCCAACUUGUUCAGCCAAGGCAUGUGUCAUCAUUACCUAGUGCCAAACCCCUCUUUUACUGUAAACAUUUUUGAGUUGUGUUUUCAGAAAUCUGUUCGUGCCUCUUAAUAUUCCUGAAGCAAUAUGCACUCUGAGCACAGACCGCCUUUAGAGCUACAUGAAUGUAACUGCUGAAUGCUGUACAACUGUUGCCAACUCUUUUGCAUUGUAAUUAAUACUACUGAAGUGCCUGUAUAUUUUGGUUUGCAAAAAAAGUGUUGCCGCAUUUUAUCUGUAAUGCCCUAAUGCAAAAAAUGAAGAAUAUUGAGUAAAUGUGUUAAAAUGACCUGAAUUCAGAAUAUCACCGUUGUACCCUGAUUUAGACUAGUUAAAAUUGACUAAAGGUGCACUGUGUGACUUUUCUUGCGGAGGGUUCGUCUCCAUGGAGAUGAUAUUGUUUCACCUAUGAUAUUUUAUCGCUGAAAAAGCCUUUAACGACAUGCGUUCUUACUGUAAACAGCUCUCUCACCUCUCCACAGAUCUGACCAUUAUCAGUGUCUCUGUCUUUAACAAUACUAUCUCCAUGGAGACAAGUAGGUGACUGACACUCAACCAGAAAAGUUACCAAGAUGUUAUCUGUAACUUAUUAAUGAAUAUAUUUCUUAGCUCACUUGCAGAUAAUGUUUGAAACUCAAACCGCUGAAACCUUUAAAGGUGCACUAUGUAACUUUUUGGCUGAGAUUCCAUCACCUGCUUGUUUCUAUGGAUAUGUCAUUGCUCUGCCUGGAAUCUUCCACAGUAUGACAUUAAAUAGCUCUACCUUACAUUUAUUCAGUUACAGAUGGCUUCAUAGCUCAGAAAAACCUACAAAACCAGGCAUUCCAACUGUGAGUGGAGUCACCUCUCCACAGAUCUCCACAGAUCUGGUUUGGACUCCAAGAAGAUAGAAAGGUGAAACAUUCCAGACAAAGCAAUAACAUGCCCAUGGAGAAAAGCAUUUGACGUGCUCUCCACCAGAAAAGUUACACAGUGAACAUUUAAAUGAGGCAAAAUGACUCAAAACGGUAAACAUAUUCUGAUUUUAACUCAUUUUAACUUGUGUCCUGAAAAGUUGAGAAUGUGGUUCAGAUUGCAGCAGUGAAGCAUGUGCCUUGUCAUGAUUGGAUAAUUUUGAAAUGCCAAUAAAAGUUAAGUUAUUAUAAAA